AUGUACUUUUUUUGUUUGUGGCCUAAAAACACCCAAUACUGUACAAUCGUAUACAUAAUGUUUUUGUAAUUUUUUUCGUAGCCAAAUAAUUUCUCACUACAGUGCAAAAUUAUUGUAAAUAUGCUUAAAGAAUUGAAAGUUUUUGAUUGGACUGGAUUUUCUGUCCGUUGGUCUGUUAAAAAAGGUUCCACUGUACAGGUUAAUCAUUUCAUUUUAUUCCAUCAUGUAAUUGUUCUGCCAGUCCCUAUAUGAUGCUGGCAAAGAUACAGUAAAUGAAUCAAGAUCUUUUUGUUUUAAGAACACAUUUUCAGAUCAAUAAGGUGAAAGGGGAUAUUUUUGCAUGCACACCUGAUGAUCUCUCACCGCAUAGUGAUGUGGCUGGGAAUCAAAUCCUCAGUGUCUACCGCCAUUUUGCUAGACAAAGUGGCCGCUGAAUGACGCCAUGCACACAUUUUACCGCCAUGUAACACACAGCAGCAUGCCAUGACUCAUGCAGUUUGACAAAGAUGUGGUGCAGCAGCAAGGGGGUGGGCAGAUGUGGAAGCAUGUCUCCGCAAGAUAAAGAUAGAAGCCCGUGGAAAGCGUCGCCUGGAUUAUAAACCUCCGCUUUGGUGGCCAAACUAGGGGAGGGUGCACGGCGAGCCUGCCUUAGAUUUUAUUUAUUUUAUUUUUUUCGUGUGUGUGUCUUUCUGCGUCUGUGGCAUCCAGUGAUGCUUCAUUCGCUGACAUGCAUUUCGCGACGGCGCCAUCACUUCGUAGUGUGAGGUGAACCGAGCCAACAUGCAGGAAAACCACCAGCCUUCUAGCCCAGGGUCAAGCAGCUUGUGGGGGAAGGCUCAUCCAGCUCUCAAAGCCUUCAUGUGCGGCUCCCUCAGCGGCACAUGCUCCACACUGCUCUUCCAGCCUUUGGACCUGGUGAAGACACGGCUGCAGACCUUGCAGAACAAAGCCAGACCAGGUUCACCAAAAGUGGGGAUGUUGAGUGUUUUCGUCAACGUGAUAAGGACAGAAAGUGUCUUCAGCCUGUGGAAAGGAGUUUCUCCAUCUUUUGUCCGCUGCAUCCCUGGUGUGGGCAUCUACUUCAGCACCUUCUACUCGCUCAAGCAGCACUUCUUUCUGGACCGGGCGCCCAACGCCGGCGAGGCCGUGCUCCUGGGCGCUGGCGCCAGAGCGGUGGCCGGGGUUUGCAUGUUACCGUUCACCGUCAUCAAAACACGCUUUGAGAGUGGAUUUUACAGCUACGUGAGCGUAGCCGGAGCUCUAAGGAGCAUGUACGAGACGGAGGGAGUGAGAGCGUUGUUUUCCGGCCUCACCGCCACGCUGCUGCGCGACGCCCCCUUCUCUGGGAUCUAUGUCAUGUUUUACAGCCAGACCAAGAAGACGCUGCCACCAGAGGUGACGUCGUCGGUCUACAUGCCCCUGGUCAACUUCAGCUGCGGCGUAGUGGCGGGUGUCAUGGCGUCGGUGGUCACGCAGCCAGCCGAUGUGGUGAAGACGCACAUUCAAGUCAGCCCGUCGCAUUGGAGCACAGCGGACGCUAUUCGCCACAUCUAUAAGAAACACGGCCUUGGCGGCUUUUUCCGCGGUGCCGUACCUCGGUCCCUCCGCCGCACACUGAUGGCCGCCAUGGCCUGGACUGUCUACGAACAGCUGAUGGCUCGCAUGGGCCUCAAGUCCUGAAGAUGGCGGCGAGGCACACAAGAAUUUUGUCAAGCCUGUAGCGUGAGAGCGAUUGGGUGUAGUGUGAAUGAGUGUGCGCGUGUGUUUCAUGCGAAAUUAUUAUAACUAUUUGUGAAAAUGUGUUCUACGAUGUGCGGAUGUGAGAUUUUGAAGCAAAAUCUUUGCGAAGUAGCAACACUGACCGGUUGAGUUGCACUGAAUUGUGGCAUAUUUUUUGAGCUUGCAUGCGAUUGAACAGGGUUAUUGACUCUCCAACAAACCUCCACCGAUAAAACGGGUUUAGUUUUAGGCUCAGACAAUCACAAAUAACCACGCACAUGCACAAAAAAUUUGGCUAAUUGCUCUCCUGCUCACAAGCCUGUUAUAAAAGGUUACUCACACUAUUUAUUUAUUCAAACAUUUGCUAUUUGACUCGGUCAUUCUUAGUCAAGCGAGAAAUCGCUCAUUUCUCUUUCAAGACAAAUUAGCAGAUAAAAUUUUUUGGGGGGGGAUUUUUCGCUCAUCAGCAUUGCCUAAACAGUGUUUAAUGAACUCCGAAUUUAAUUACAAAAAAAGGCAAGUUUGAUAUUUGUCUGGCAUAUUUCCUCAAAUUGUGGCCGUGAAAAUGAAAAGUAUAGUAUUGUCAUUUUAAUCUCAGUUUAUAGUUGCCAUUGUUCACACAGGGACACAAAAUGUUUGUUCCGUAAAAUUUCUGUUAGAUGAAUUAAAGUGCACACUCCUACCAUAUGUUGUCAAUGAAUUCCCCCGAGUGGUAUCACCAUUUAACGACAUUUUGUUAUGUAGAGAUUAGCACUCUCGUAUACUGACGUGAUGGCUCCAUCGAAAAUAAACAAAUGAAAAUACCCCCCCCCCCCCCCCCCGCCACUAUUUGCGGAAACAUGCUAACCUUGACAAAACAUGUUCUAAGCCUUCUGACCGUGAGCAUAAAUGAAUUGCAGACAGUGACUAGUUUAUAACAAUUGAAGGCACUUUUCUCUUUUCUGUACAUAUUUCUAUAGAGUUUGAAUAUAUUGAUAUUUUGACAUGUCCAUGCAAAAACUGCCAAAUAUGCGUGUUGACAGUACAUGUUUGUGCAGUUACUGAUCACAUGAUCUUCUGGUAGCAACAUGGCAGCUGACAAGUGUCUUAAUGUUCCUUUGUGUGUGUGUGUGUUUCUAGAAGGAUAUCAUGUCACAGUACACUGCUGUCUAUGCGCGGUGACCAUUUCAUCAUUAUCGCACAUAUUUGGUAUGUACAGUGUUGCUGCGAACACUGCCUGUCAGUUUUUAUUGUAAAUAAAUACACAUUUUCAAUAAAUUUAUUUGAACUCUG